AGCCUAAUCCUGCCACACAGAGUUUGUUUUACUCAAGUGUGUUAUCAUUAAUGUAGUGAAAUUCUUACUGGCAGGUAAUCAUGGGGCAUUCUAGCCUGUAUUCAUUCAUUCAUUAGCCUGUACUCAAGCCAGUGCAUGCAAACUUGUGAGAAUCACAUUGUUUGUUUAUAGGUAGGCUAAAUACUACACAUAUCCUAUACAUUGUUAAUGUACAGCACAAAUAGCCAUUUAUGGUUCCUGCUUGUCUUGAGGACACUAAAUGUGGAUUAAUGUAUCAAGACUGUUUGUGUCUUACACUGAUUACAGUUGUAUGAGCCAUUUGGGCUGAUAAAGUAUAAAUACUAAUUCACUAGAAAGUAAGAAGACAAGCAUUUUUAUCAACAUUUUACAUCCCAUCUAUUACUAUCAGUGCCAACUUGUCUGUAAUACUGAGGAGAAAUGCUAAUUUUAUUUACAAAAUAUUUUUCAAGGAAUUCCAGCGAAGGAGGUAGCAGAUUGCCAACUGUCCACAAUCGAUUUAAACUGGAGCCUGGCAGAUGUGAAUAAUUUCGUUUGUCAGAGCUUCCCUAUGAUUAGUUUGAACCUGGUGGGUUUUGAGUUGGCAAAAGUAAACAGGGUGAAAAAAAUCCAGAAGCUACAAGCAAGCUGUGUGAGAGAUCUGAAGAAGGCUGUGGGAAAAAGCAGACUUUAUGUUGUCCCUCGUGCUGAAGUGGGCCAGGUACAGUAUAAUUUAAGAGAGUCAGAAUUGGUGUAUUUAAAAUCACUGUCACAUUUCCAUGAUGCUGUCUCUACAGCCAAUCCCCUUGCCUCUAAAUCAACCAUCCACAGGACCUAACUUUGAAACAACAGAGACAAGUGACUUGCCUCUGAGUGAACCAAUCACAGGGCCUCAACCUGAAACGACAAAUGAAUUAGAGGAGUGGAGAGCUAUAAGGCAUCAACAAGACCAAGAGUAUGAGCAAUCACUGAGAGCGGAUCAGGAAAAGGAUCGGAGGACAGAAGAAAUAUCUCAAUAUGAAGAGAGGCGCCUUAAGAUAAUACAGGAAAGACUCAUGAGGACAAAUGAAGAACCAGCUGAUGGCAUACCACUAAAAUUUACUUUCCCAGAUGGCACAAUGAAAAUUAGACGGUUCCAAGUAUUUGAUCAAAUACAGGCACUGUUUGACUUUGUGGGAACACAUUCCUCAGCCACAGAGUAUUUUUACAUAAAGGAAGCUACAUCAGCUGUAUCAAUAUCUAGCACAGUUCCCGGCACUCUUCUGGAUCAUUACUUGAAUGCCCCAUUGAACAUUCAUGUUCGAUGGAUGGAGAUGGAAGAUGUACAAGCCCUUUUCCACCAGCAGAAUUCAGUUCUUUUGCCAAGUCCAGAUGAACUUGAGACUAGCGAGGUUCAAGAUGACCUUGAAACAGUGGAAUCUGUGACUCCAGACGAAAUUCACAGUCAAGAUGACAUGGAAAUCAUGGAUUCUGGUUCUCGAGAAGAAAUGUACUCAAAUCACAGAGAAAAUGUCUCUGAAACAGUGGAUUCUGGACCAGAAAUAUAUAACAACUACAAUAAUAUAAUGCCAGACAAUGAUUUACCUGAGCCAGAUGACCAAGAUCAUCAAGAUGGUUCUGAAGUUAUGUAUUUGGAAGACUUUGUCGGUUCUACAGAGGAUAUACUUUUGGAGCUUGGGAAAGAAAUAAACUACAACUUAAGCUGCAGAUUCAACAUUAAUCGAAAAAAUCUACUAGAUGGUGCAUUCAGAGCAUUUGGACGAAAAUCCUAUGAUCCCUUCAAAAGAAUUUCUGUCCGAUUUUCUGAUGAAUGUGGAAAUUUUGAAGAGGGUGUGGAUUUGGGAGGCCCACGGAGGGAGUUCCUUAGCUUGGUCUUAGAAGAAAUUGAAAAAUCUUCAAUGCUUGCGGGCCCAGAUGGAUGCAAAAACCUUGCUCUUGACUCUGUUGCUGUCAGACAAGACAGAUACUAUCUUGUUGGAAAAGCUAUAGCUGUCAGCAUGGUUCACGGGGGACCAUCUCCAGGAUUCUUUUCACCCACUUUGUUUGAAUGCAUCAGUAAUGGACAAGUCUCACCCACGAUAGAAGAUGUAAAUGACUUGGACUUGCAAGCUAAAAUCAAAAAGAUUUCACUUGCUGCAACCAUGGAGGAGUUGUGUGAGGCAACAGAGUGUAUGAGUGAAUACCUGGCAAAUGCAGGAUGCCUUCGAGCUGUAAAAUGCCUAAAAGACAAAGAUCUGCUUUUACAAGACAUCCUAAUGUUCCAAGUCGUGAACAGACUUCAUGGUCCACUUGAACGACUUAAGGAGGGCUUGAGGACUCUAGAACUGUUGGAGGCUGUUGUUAAACACAAAGAAGCCUUCAGGCCCCUUUUUUGCAGCCCACCACAGCCACUUACAGCAGAUGCCCUCGAUCAGUUAUUCGAUAUUCGUUACUCCACUGUUGGAAGUAACAAGCGGGCAGAGGAAAACACCACAGUGGCAUUCUGGAGGGACUACCUUAUAGAUGUAGAAGAGGGCACCUCUAGCUGCACGCUACAGAAAAUUCUUACAUUUGCAACUGGAUGCUGUGCUCUUCCUGCAAUAGGAUUAAAGCCACAGCCAUCAAUUGAGUUCUUGCACCCCAUGGACACUUCCGAGAGAGAGAAGUUUCCAACUGCAAACACAUGCAUCAACUGUUUGCGCCUUCCUUUGCACAAAAACUAUGAAAUGUUUAAGUCUAAUAUGGACUUUGGCAUUUGCAACACUCAAGGGUUUGGUCAAGAGUAGUAUGAGAAAUAUUUGAAGGGCUACUUUGUUGACAAGUUUGUUGUCUUAGAUUUCAGUAUACAUUCUGCAAAGUAAUGAAGAGUUUAGAAAAAGUUUAGAAAAAAAACUGAAAUAUUAAAUAUCAGUAAUAAGUUUUAUG